AUGGUCACAGGAGGUCUUGCAUCAAGGACUCGUACAUCUGAUAGGAUUAGAGGUAUUUUCCGUAGUACACCGACCCGGGCUCCUGUACAUAUUGACCUCACUGAAGAGGUCCCCGCUGGAACCCAACCUUCACGUACAGGGCCUAGAACUAGAGGUGGUGGAACUGGAUGGAAAGCUAUGGGUAGUGGACCUAGAAGGGCUAAAAUGGGGAGGGGAUUUGCAAUUCGAGGUGGUGGAGGCAGAGGUGGUGUAGGCAUUGAUGUUGCAGGCAGAGGUGGGGCAAGCAUUGAUGUUGCAGGCAGAGGUGGGGCAGGCAGAGGUGGGGUAGGCAUAAGUGUUGCAGGCAGAAGUGGUGCAGGCAGAGGUGGUAUAGCUGCACCUACUACUGCUGCACCUCCUCAUGCUGAUGGUACUGUAGCAAAGUCUGAUAAUAUCGCAAAGUUGAAAGGAAAACGCAUUGCAACAACAGUAGAAAAGGGUAUUGAAAUUAUGGAAGGCAAGAGGAAACGGCUCAAUCCACAAUGGAAGCCGUAA